UUGAAGGCACCACCAUGUUGGAACGUAACAUGUAGUGAGAGCUUAGAUAGAAACAGAAAAUAUGCACUAUAUUGAGAUUUGUACUGUGUAGAUGUUUUUUUCAUGUUGAUGUGAGGUCGCUGUGUAGAUUAUGAUGGAAAUGGAAAACUACGUUGUUAAACUAAACGAGUAUGCACAUAGGAAGAGUUUGGUGGUGAGUUUCGAGGACGUCGGAUCUGUUGGCCUUGAUCACAUUAAAACAUUUAACGUGAGAGCAGUCGUGAAUGGUAAGGCAUAUCCUGAUGGUGUGGGGAAGAACAAGAAAGAAGCCAAACAAGAUGCAGCAAAAAAUGCCCUAAAAGGCUUGUUGGAGGAAGUGGUUGACCCUACAGAAACUGCUGCAGCAGAUCAUCAGCCAAGUAUCGCUAACAUCAACUAUACAUGUUGGCUCAAUGAGUAUGUCCAUCAGGAAAGCGUGGAGCUGGUGGAGUCAAUAAAAUUGGGACCUAAUAAUGCCAUGCAAUAUUGUAGGUUUGUGGUCGGCGAUAAGGAGUACCCAUUUGCCUGUGGGAAAACAAAGAGGGAAGCUAAGGAGGAGGCAGCCAAGCUUGUAUAUCAUGAGAUAUGUGGUAGUAAAACUACUGAGACUGGAGAUGAGAAAAGCAGCAGCACACCAAUCAAGCAAAAGGAGGAUCUGAAUCAAAAUGUGUCUGAGAUCUGUGAUAAGACCAAGAACCUGAGUGUGAAGACUGAGGUCAAAAGCUUUGUAGAGACAAAUUUCAUCGGAGCAGUGAAUGAGUACUGUAACACAAACGGCUGUUCCUUUAAAUUCCUUGAAGAAUCUGGCCAACUUUAUGGCCAUCCAUUUGCCUACAAAUUGAUGAUCAAUGGCAAGGAGUACCCUGUAGGUGAGGGGAAGAAUAAAAAGGAGGCCAGAAAAAAGGCAGCUGAGCUGGCCUGGUCUGCUCUUCAAGAACAGUCAGACCAGGAUAGUAAGAGCUGUGAUUUCAAAGAAAAGAGUAAAGGAACCCCAUCAAGCCUCUCAAGGUUUACAUCAGACUUUGACUCCAUAGAGCCCCUUGGCAGUGGAGCCUUUGGUUGUGUUUUCAAAGCAAAAGACAAACUGCUGCACAAGUCUUAUGCCAUAAAGAUUGUUCGCUGUAAAGAAAAAGCUCUGCGAGAGGUGGGGGCAUUAUCAGACCUCCAUCACCACAACAUUGUUAGGUACUACACGUGUUGGAUGGAGGAUUCAGAAUACUGUUGGGACAGUACAGAUGACAGUUACAGCACUUCCAUGUCUACCGAUAAUCCACAUACAAAGUUCCUCUACAUUCAGAUGGAGUUAUGUGACUCCAAAACACUCAGAGUGUGGAUAGAUGAGAAGAACACACAGAAUGUGAAGAAAUCUCUGCAAGACUCCAAGAGAAGAGAAGACAGUUUAAGUCUUGUACUGCAGAUAAUCAGUGGAGUUGAGUAUGUUCACUCCAGUAAACUCAUCCACAGAGACCUGAAGCCUGCCAACAUCAUGUUUGGGCGAGAUGGAGAAGUGAAGAUUGGGGACUUUGGUCUGGUCACUGCUGAGAAUGACGACGAUGCUGAAAAGCUGCUGGAUAGAACAGUGGGCAAAGGAACCCCAUCAUACAUGGCUCCUGAGCAGAGGAAUAAGAGCACUUAUGACCGAAAAGUGGACAUAUUCGCUUUGGGUUUGAUAUAUUUUGAACUCCUUUGGACCUUCUCUACUGGCCAUGAAAGGAGAGCUCAUUGGGACGAUGCCAGAGGCCAGAAAUUUCCCCAAGGGUUUUCACAACAUUUUAUCCAAGAGAGCCAAAUCAUCAAGUCAAUGCUGUGUGUGAAGCCAGGAGACCGACCUGAAGCAAGUACACUAAAGACAGAGCUCAAAGAGCAGGCUCAUGCACUUUACCCACUAAAAAAUAUGCCCAGAAACAACAAUUCUGUCUGAGUAAUACGAGGUAAUGUUCAAACACCAAGAAGAGAAAAAAAAAUUGUUUCAAUGUACUUGGAUGUUUUGAAUGCUAAAAGAACAGUAUUUUUAUAACUGUCUUUCAUGAUCUGAUGUAACAUUAUUAAUCUGAAUAUGAGGUGUUUGAUGGAAAAAUCCAAAUAUGCACAUGCACACCUCAUUCAUUUUAGAAUAAGUGAAGGAAACAUGAAAUGAAAUUGUAACAUUGUUCCUUUUUGAUAAAUUAUCAUGUUGGGGGUUAUUACUGUGUUAAUGGGUAAUGAAAUAAUUUAUUCUAUCUACAAGGGAAGAGAUUGCAUGUCUUUAGAUUUACUGGGGGGGGUUUUUGUAUAUUUUUCUGGGUGUCACAAAAUCACUUUGGUAUUAUCACAAUGUGAGCAAUUAGGUCUAAUAAACACUUGUCAUAUUAUU